AUGACCAGUGUGAUCAGUAUUUUGAUCGGUUUCUUUCAGGAAGCCCGUAAAGCAGCCAAUGAUACGACACUUGCGUCAGUGGCGGCCAAUCUUGAGCCGAUCGGACGGAUUCAGAUGCGAACGCGGCGAACACUGCGUGGUCAUCUUGCCAAAAUUUACGCCAUGCACUGGGCAUCCGAUUCUAGAAAUCUUGUAUCCGCCUCACAAGAUGGAAAACUUAUCGUAUGGGACUCAUAUACCACCAAUAAGGUAUGGUGCACUCGCUCUUCGACAUUUUUUGUUGCAGUGCACGCAAUACCGUUACGGUCCUCAUGGGUAAUGACUUGUGCAUAUGCACCAAGCGGAUCGUAUGUGGCCUGCGGUGGCUUAGAUAACAUAUGCAGUAUCUAUUCGUUGAAGACGCGUGAGGGAAACGUUAGAGUAUCACGUGAACUGCCUGGACAUACUGGUUACCUGUCGUGUUGUAGGUUCUUAGACGACAAUCAAAUUGUUACAUCCAGUGGUGAUAUGACUUGUGCGUUAUGGGAUAUCGAAACCGGUCAGCAAUGUACAGCAUUCACAGGUCACACCGGUGAUGUGAUGUCCUUAUCGCUAUCGCCCGAUAUGCGUACCUUCAUAUCGGGUGCUUGUGAUGCGUCCGCAAAGUUGUGGGACAUUCGUGACGGAAUGUGCAAACAGACAUUCCCCGGACACGAGUCUGAUAUUAACGCUGUUGCUUACUUUCCAUCUGGGUAUGCAUUCGCAACUGGCUCCGAUGAUGCGACAUGUCGUCUGUUCGAUAUACGUGCCGAUCAGGAGUUGGCGAUGUAUUCACACGAUAAUAUUAUUUGUGGUAUUACAAGCGUAGCAUUCUCAAAGUCAGGACGUCUCCUCUUCGCCGGUUAUGAUGAUUUCAACUGCAACGUGUGGGAUUCUAUGCGACAGGAGAGAGCUGGUGUAUUAGCUGGUCACGAUAAUCGUGUUUCGUGCUUAGGCGUCACAGAAGAUGGUAUGGCGGUUUGCACGGGCUCGUGGGAUAGUUUCUUAAAGAUUUGGAAUUGA